AUCCAUUUAGCCAAGACUUCAAAAUGAAGAUCGAAGAGGUAAAAUCAACAACUAAGACACAGAGAAUUGCCGCUCAUUCUCACGUGAAAGGACUUGGAGUAGACGAUAAGGGUGUUGCUUUGCAGGUUGCUGCAGGUCUUGUUGGUCAAGAGCUUGCAAGAGAGGCAUGUGGUAUUGUAGUGGAGCUUAUUAGAGCAAAGAAGAUGGCUGGAAGAGCAAUUUUACUUGCCGGACCCCCUGGUACUGGCAAAACCGCCCUUGCUCUAGCUAUUGCUCAAGAACUUGGCUCAAAAGUUCCUUUCUGUCCUAUGGUUGCUUCUGAAGUUUACUCUUCUGAGGUGAAGAAAACAGCUGUACUUAUGGAGAACUUCAGACGAGCAAUUGGGCUGCGAAUAAAGGAAACUAAAGAGGUGUAUGAAGGAGAGGUGACCGAGCUGACCCCGUGUGAGACUGAGAGUGCUAUGGGAGGCUACGGUAAAACUGUACAGCAUGUUAUUAUUGGAAUGAAGACUGCAAAAGGAAACAAACAGCUCAAGGAAGUUGUUAACAGGGGAGUUUGGGUAUUUUCUGUUGGGAUGAGCUAG